AGUUGAACAUCGUUUUAAAGUUUUAGAAUACUGCUGUGCUUUUACUUACAUUGAAUGAUCCUUACAUUACCUUGUAGUUGAAUAAGAAAUAGUGAACUGAAGAUGGGCCGCCGUCGAAAAAAAUUUCAAUUGAAAGGAGAACGAAAAGAACGGGGUCAUUACAAAGACAUUAAAAAGGAAAAUGAAAAAUAUGAACAUUAUUACAAGGAACAAAAGUGCUUUGACAUUUCUCAAUUUGAAGAAUUCCUGAAUGCAAUGAAGCAACCAUUACCUGCAGUGUUUCGAAUUACAGGAUACAAACGGCACGCAAAACAACUUCUCAAGAACAUGAAACGAAAUCACUUCGAAGAUCUUACUGAGCUUAAAAUAGGAGAUGACACUGUGAAACCACCAGUUCCAUUGUCAUGGUACCCGGAUGACUUGGCAUGGCAGACUGAUUUGAACAGAGGGCAGAUACGUAAAGUUCCUCAACUGCAGAAUUUUCACACAUUUCUAAUCGCAGAAUCUGAAAGUGGCCACAUAACAAGACAAGAAGCUGUGAGUAUGAUUCCACCGUUGUUGCUAGAUGUCCAUUCACAUCAUAAAGUGUUGGACAUGUGUGCUGCUCCUGGAUCCAAAACUGCUCAGAUAGUAGAGUUACUUCACAGAGAUGAAAAUAAUUCAAUUCCAGAGGGAAUAUGUGUGGCGAAUGACAAAGACAACAAGCGGUGUUACAUGCUUGUACAUCAGAUAGGAAGACUGCACAGUCCAUCCACACUCAUUGUGAAUCAUGAUGCUUCAAAUUUUCCUGAAAUAUUCAUCAAAAAUGAUGAUGGCAAAGAUAUACUUCUUCGUUACGAUCGUAUUCUGUGUGAUGUUCCAUGUUCAGGUGAUGGAACAAUGAGAAAAAACACAGAUGUUUGGGUCAAGUGGAAUCAAGCUAAUGCUAUCUAUUUACAUAGAACCCAGUAUCGAAUACUUCUCCGUGGGUUGGAACUUCUAGCCAGUGGUGGUCAACUUGUAUAUUCAACAUGUUCGUUGAAUCCAAUUGAAGAUGAAGCAGUUGUUGCUGCUGCCAUUCAUCACUGUGGUGGUGCCGUAGAGCUUGUUUCAGUUAGUUUACCAGGCUUGAAGUGGAGUCCUGGUGUUUCAAGCUGGAGAGUGAUGGACAGUGAUAUGAACUGGUACGAUACACAUGACCAAGUUCCUGAGAAGAAGAAAAAUAUAUCUUACUCCAUGUUCCCACCUGGUGGUCAAGAUGUGAUGGAAGCAAUGCACUUAGAAAGAUGCAUGCGAUUGCUUCCACACCAACAAGACACUGGUGGAUUCUUUGUUGCUGUGCUGAGAAAGAAGAAACCAUUGCCAUGGCAGAAAGAUGAAUUAAAAUGUGAAGCUGAGGUUGUGGAAAAGAGUGGAUCAGAAACAACAGCACAAGCUCCUCCGAGGAAGAAAAGGAAGUGGGAGCCAGGUUUCAAAGAAGAUCCGUUUGUCUUUCUAACUUCAGAAGAUGAGGCAACAUCAUCACAGAUUGUGUCGUUCUUUGGUUUAAAAGAUUUUCCAGUGAAUCAAAUCUUGAGCAGAACCACUAAUGGAAAGAAAAAACAACUUUAUUUUGUGUCAAAACUUGUUAAAAACAUCAUUGAAAAUAACAUUAAUUAUGUAAAAGUGAUCAACACAGGAGUUCGUGUUUUUAGUCGGUCUGCAAAUACUCAAAAUGACCUUGAAUGUGAAUUUAGAUUGGUGCAAGAUGGAAGCGAAUGCAUUGAACCUUUCAUGAGUGCAAGAGUAAUUCCAAUUAAAAUUUGUGACGUCACAAAAUUUCUUUUGGAAGAUCAACCAAAGUAUGAUGAAUUAUCUGAGGAACUGCGUGACAAUCUCAAAAAUCUUGCCCCUGGAAGCAUGAUUUACAAGUAUGAACCUGAAAAUGAAAAUGCAGAUGUUGGCUGUGAAUUGCUGCUCUGUGGAUGGAAAGGAACAUUUUCUUCCCGUCUUUACAUGAACAACCAUGAACGAAUGCACUUCCUCAAUAUGGUUGGUGUGCCCGUACCCGCUCAUCUAUUGCCCAACAUGAACACAAGGCGGGCACGUGCAGGGGAAUUGGAGGAUAAGAAGAAAGAAGGUUUUCUAGAGGAAAAAGAAAAUGCUCAAGAAGAGGCAAAAGAAACGGACAUUGAGGAUAAGAAUGGUGUGGAACAAGAUAACAAUCCGUUAAAUCAAGAGUUGAAAAACUAAUUUUAAAUUAUUUACCCUAAAAGGUGAUAGGAAAAUACACUGCCAUGCUGAUAUUUGAAUUGUCUCUUGAAUAAAUAUGUGUCGCAUUGUUGAAU